AUGCCAGUCAAGUAUAUCUAUGAGCCGUGGAGGGCGCCCAUGACGGUGCAGCAUGCUGCUGGCUGCCUCAUCGGCAAGGACUACCCGUUCCCCAUUGUAGACCACAAGAUCGCUAUGCGCCGAUGUAUGGCCGGUAUGAAGAAGUCAUACGCCAUCGGACAAGACGAGUGGGGGCACCACGAGCAUCAUGGUGACCACGAGCACCACGACGAAGACAAUGACGACGAUGAGGAUUCGAAGGAUGACAACGACGACGACGAAGAUGACAGUGACAGCAGUCAAAGCAGCAGCGCGAGCAAUAGCAAGGCCGAGUCUGCAGCCAUCCAGUCGAGUGUCGUCACGAACCUGGACGGUAUCAACAUCGGCAACACCAUCACGAUCAUCAACAUCGGCACAGGCAGCCAGGGCAACAGCAGUGGAUCGGCCGACGACUAUGGGUACGCUUGGAAUGAGAAGACUCCUAGCGAUGACGACUCGCUCCCAGUGAGUGAUUCGGAUCGCUCCGCUAUCACCUCCGCAGCCGUUCGUGCAUUCUGCGAGUCUAUCGACUGCAGCCGCUCCAAAAGCUUCAAGGACACGGCGACGGCGGGGGGUCCUGCACCGAUGAUGCCGGCGUUUAGUGCUGGCAACCGAGAGGUAGGCACCGAUGUGCAGCAUGAGACGCCAGCGGCGAAGAGCUCCUGUAGCGCAAUGAACGCGAACCUGGCCAGGUGGCUGGUUAUCAUCGCGAUAAUUAUCCAACUCCGCUGA